GCACGGGCCACGGGGCGAGGGAGACGGUGCUGGGCACCUUGGGGAAGGCGACAAUAUUGCGGAUCCCCCCCGAACUCCAGGACCUCACCCUGCGCUUCGGGGCGGCCAUGUGGAAGCGGGACACGGAGGACCCGCAGAGGAAGCUCAUCCUGCUCAAGUACUCGGCCGGCAACUCCACCAACUACGUGCAGGAACGGACUCGCUUCCACAAGCUGGACUUCUCCCUGGAGAUCCUGAACACCACGCGGCAGGACAGGCAGCUCUACGAGUACAUCGUCAACAAGGGGCCGGAGGAGAAAGUCUGGCAGAUCCAGCUGGAGGUGUAUGAGCCGGUGUCCGAUCCCAGCAUCCAGAUCCUCGGCUGGGCGCUGGCCAACGGCAGCUGCACCGUCACCCUCAACUGCACGGCCGAGCGAGGGGACGACGUCUCCUACAGCUGGGACAGCGGG